UCGAGCCCUGUGAUUGGCUGAGAGUGCUCCGCGCGCGGUUCUGCCGUCGAACGUCCGUAUUCUUCUGAUGAAGUCUUCGCCGCGGUGCCUCUUCAUGGCGUCGGUGAGCCUGGCCUGAUUUGACUGGAAAGCUCACAUCAUUCUGCUUAUGAUUCAAGUGUGAGAAUGUUAGAGAUGAGAUCAUAUCAAGCCUUGUUUACAUUUUGAAAUGAUCAGGAUGACUGUAAAUACCGACCAAGUUUAAUGAAACACAACCCUAGGCUUAUUACUACAGGACUUUUUCUUGGGAUUCCAGAUCUUCAUCAUCAUGAUAUUUUCUAUCCGAACCAGCAACUGUGUUUUACAGACAUUACUGAAGAACUAUGGCAUGUUCUGCCCUAUGCUAAGACCUCAACAAUUGCCUACAACUUUUGGGUGCUUCUUAUUUACCACACCAUAUCAAAGGGCAAAAUCAGUGGAUCCGAAAGCACUUCAUCCUGCCGCUGCCAUGUGGCAUUCCAAGGAAAGAGAAGAAGGUAAAGGGGAGAGAAGAUCUGGCAAAGAUUGGUCUUCUCCUCGCCCUUUCAAUCUGUUUGCUGCUGGCGCAUCGAAGAAGAGAGCGGUGCUUCAUGAUGCUUUUUCAAGUGGAGAGCAGCCUAUUAUUUCUAGUAAGAAGAUGACACUCUCUCCUCCAGAACGGCCCCUAAGUGCUGAGGAGUGGGAAAAGAUGAUGGGAGACUUUGUGGGAACUAAAAAGUUUGAAGACUGUAUGUUUGAGCAAAUGAUCGUUCACAACAGCCCCGUAGAUGUGGCCAAAUCCUUACUAGCUGCAGUGGCUAAGCGAGACGGAGAUAUUGGAUACGGUCUUUUGGUGAAGUACUUGGUUUUGUGUGUUUCUCAGAAACAGACAAAAGAGAUCUAUGAUAUUCAUGAUAUUAUGAAAGUCAGAUUUAAGACUUUAGAUACAUCAGGAUCUAGUCUUCUUAUCAAAGGCCUGAGUGAUUCACAGCGCUGGAGAGAGGCCUUGAUACUGCUAGAGGAAAUGAAAAAAGUCAUAAUCCCUUCAAAGGGAAACUAUGGAGACUGCAUCAGGGGAGCCCUUGCAAACCAAGAAAUCAGUAUUGCAUGCAAGCUAUUUCAUGAGAUGCUAGGUAAGGAUGUGACACCAAAGUUAGAAACAAUGCAAAUUUUCUUUGACACUGGCAAGUGUAUAAAUGAUGCCUCUUUUAAAAGUGAACUAAUUUCCAUCCUUAACUACUUAAGAGAUAAUCAAGUUUAUCCCGGAGAAGCUUUUAUGCAGAGCAUAAAGCAGUGGUUUGAAAGCAUUCCAGGAGAAAACUGGAAGGGAAACUUAACUCCUGUGAAAAAUAGUGGACAGUGCCCAUCUUGUGAGAAGUUCUUGGAAAGUAUUAAUCUGUCUGCAGAAGAAUAUGACAUUCUCAAAAAUAAAAUAAUAAAGGAUGUUAUACAAGGAACGGACACAUUUCGAAAAACAACUCCCCAGGAACUUGAAGUAUUUCAGACAUUUGUAAGUCAGCGCCCCCCUUUUGACAUUGUGAUUGAUGGCCUUAACGUCGCUAGAGUUUGCCAUAAAAACAAUCCAUCUCAAACUUUGCUGGAUGUUGUCAAUCACCUUGCACAGCAGAAUCUACGGUUGCUUGUACUGGGUCGUAAACACAUGCUGAAUGGAUCUCGUCAGUGGAACAGAAAUAAUAUGGCUGCUAUGCAGAAGAAGGCAGAUUUCUUCUUUACUGAAAAUGUGUCUGAAGAUGAUCCAUUUCUACUCUAUGCCACACUUCACUCAGGUAGUCACUGUAAAUUUGUGACCAGAGAUCUGUUGCGUGACCACAAAGCUUGUCUCUCUGACAGUCUUACUCGUCGCCUGUUCUUUAAAUGGCAACGUGGUCAUCAGAUAGUGCUAUCUAACUACACACCAGGAAAAAGGAUAAAAUUUGAGCCUGUAUUGAAUUUCGAUACAAUUGUACAGACUACAGGUGACACGUGGCAUAUUCCCUAUGAUGACAACUUGUUGGAAAGAUCUUCUUAUGAGGUGCCAACAAAGUGGCUUUGUCUUCAGCAAAAAUAAAAUAUAUACUUUUUCCAAACUGAAA